AUGAUCACAAAAAGCAAACAAGCAAGUCAGCACGCCGCAGACUUACGAGAGACGUUCCUUACCCUUCGAAAGCACCAAAUGAAACUCAAUCCUGACAAGUGUGUGUUCGGAGUUACCGGAGGGAAAUGCCUGGGCUUCCUGGUAGACGAGCGAGGCAUUGAGGCAAAUCCCGAUAAAAUCCGGGCUAUACAAAACAUGAGAUCUCCCACCUCAGUAAAAGAAGUACAAAAGCUCACGGGGUGCCUGGCUGCUCUUGGAAGAUUUCUUUCCAAGUCCGCGGAUAAAUAUGGGUCCUCUACCCAAUCAGCAAGUGGUGCUGGACUCCUCAUUGUGUCUUCCGCCGGGGUCCGUAUGGAAAGGGCGGUCAGGUUUGAGUUCGCAGCAUCCAACAACGAAGCCGAAUAUGAAGCAUUAUUGAUGGGACUGAGAAUUUGCUACGAAACGGGAGCCAAAAAAUUAUCCGCCUUCUCCGACUCCCAAUUGAUUGUUGGACAAGUGAACGGGAAUUUGUUCAAAAAUUCGACAAGUUCACGUUGGAGCACAUUCCAAGAUCCCAGAACGCCCAAGCUGAUUCCUUGGCCAAGCUUGCCAGCUCAGCAGAAACAUCCGCGGCUCGAGAUAUAA